AGGCACGCAGUACCCUCAGUACCCUGCAACUCAUGACAUCACCAGGCACGCAGUACCCUCAGUACCCCACAACUCACGGUACCGUGUACCCUCAGUACCCCGCAACUCACGGUCCCGUGUACCCGCAGGUCUCUCGGGUACUUCUCUACUCUGAACGUGGCGGCGAGCGUGGCGGGGCUGCUGCGGGGCGGCGUGCCGCGGCAGCAGCUGGUGGUGGGGGUGCCCACUUACGGCCGCACGUGGCGGCUGUUGUCGGAGCGGUGGCAGGGGUUGGGAGCCCCGGCGCGGGGGUCAGGGUUCGGGGAGGGGUACAUUUCGUACCCUGGGGCCGUGGGGUUCACAGGGUCCGCGGACCACGUCUCGUGGGACACCGAGGCGCGCGUGCCCUACGCGGCGCGUGGCAGCGACUGGAUCAGCUACGACGACCCCAGCAGCAUCGCGCUUAA